GAUGGCAUUCUGAAGGUUAACGGAAACAAGGUAAAAACUCUCUGCGCUUCUGUAAAGGAAUCAAAGUGAAGCUGUACAAAUCGUUCUAUGGCUUAAAAACAUAAAGCAGCUCAGAUACGUACUUGACGUAUUUCUUUGAGGUCUAUUUUCCUGUUGUCAAGAUUAAACUGGGUAUAAUAAUAACAAUAGCGAUGGGUCAUGUUUGUAAACAUUGUGUUUGUUUCUUAUUUAAAUAUGCGAACGACUGAAACAAAAGGUGUUUAAAAAAAUAAGAAGCGUCUUAAAUAAGACGCCUCUUAAAUAAGACGUGAACUUUGCCAUUUAUACAAGCAUGUCUUAUCUAAGACAAAAGCAACUCAUAUAUAAAUGGUUUGCGUCUUAUUUCUGUUCUGGACUCGUUUUCAUGCGAAUAUUGCCCGUAGUAAUGGCAAUCCAACAUGGCGCGCCAAAAAUUAAUGCAUGCGUACUAUGUGUUCAUAUCUUAUGUAAGACGGGAAGGUCAUUUAUACGAAGUUUUUCUCGUCUUAGCUAAGCGCAUCCUAUCUAUGAACAGGUGUUAAGGGCUGUUCUAAAAUAGGAUGCGUCUUAGUUAAGUCGCAUCUUAUUUUAGGCGAAAUGUGCCGUUUAUACGGAAAGUUUGCAUCUUAUUUAAGAUGCAUCUUAUGUAAGGCACGUUUUAUUUUUCCUUGUAUAAAUGGCCCUAAUAUUAUCCCCAAGUAGGUGGAGCAUAAUCGUCUAGGUGAGCGUGCAUAGUACUGAAUAGGGCAAUCAUGCUCCACUCACUUUUAAAAUGACUUCAGGGUUCAAGCCUUUCACAGUAUUAUCCCUAUUGGAUAUAAACUUUUCACUCACAAAUUUCCUUUUCAGGCAAAGCUCUGUGACGAGGAGUCAAAGCUGCUGGAUUCAUUUUUUAUUCACAAUGACCAGGUCAGUCAUGCACUUACAAAGUAAUUUAGACAAUCUGUAUAAAUUGUACCCGAAAAUUUGCAAUAAUUGACUUAAAUGUUGCCCUUUUAAUGGGUAACAUUUGUUAAAAUGUUAUCUUUAGAUGUGGUGUAUCCAUACCCAGAAAUGGCAGGGGGGUGGGAGGAUAGGUUUGGGGCGGCUCUGGGAAAAAUUUUACUUGGUCCAGUGGGCCUCAGCUUGAUCUACUUAUUCUACACAAAGGAGUGGGUCUGAACCCCUCCUUAAAAUCUGCCACUGAGAGGGUUGUGGAACUAUUAUUAUUAUAACCAUGUAAAUCAUGAUUUCAUUAUUGCAUAUGUUGCAUCUUUUCACAUGCAAUUAAAUUAUUGCUAAUUACGUAAUUUCCCAGUCAUGUCCUUUAUAACAAGCUACAUGUAGUUCCAGGACUCUGCCGAGAUUAUGAGAUAAAUUAUAAUUUUAUUUUUGUUGGAGUAACUAAGGAACAUGACAACUAAGAAGUAACUAAGCAACAUGUCUUUUGACGUAACAUUAAAUAGCAUGCACUCUCAUGGUCUACUUUGAGGUCACAUGACAUCUAAAAAUAAAACUACUUCUUGCCCAAAUUCUCUGAGAUUGCAAAUUUAUGGUAUCAGAGGGUAACAGUGCACUGUUAACUCCAAUUGCCGAUCACUUGCUGGGAUUUACUUUCAUAGAUUUUUACGCACAGAAGUUUUUCUUCCAGGGCAUAUAAAAAAUCACUUCAUGACUUGUCCCUUGGGAAACUAGUUAAUUUUGUUCUCCUCUUUUCUUCCUUGGGAAACAUGGAGAUUCUCGUGAACCAAAUUAAGAGUUUCCCUUAAAACCAAGCAUUAAGUUUUAAACAUUGAUACUAGUACUACCACUACCACUACCACUACCAAUGCCACUGCAAAUACCAGUACCACUAUAGCUGCCUCUGCCAUUGCAUUGCCACUGCCACUACCACUGAAACUGUCACUACCACUGUCACUACUACCGCCACUGCCACUACCACUAUCACUGCCACUACCACUAUCACUGCCACUACCACUAUCACUGCCACUACUACUAACACUGCCACUACUACUGCCACUGCCACUACCACUACAACUGCUACUAUCACUGUCACUACCACUACUACUGCCACUGUCAUUGCCACUGCCACUACUACUGCCACUGUCACUAUUGCUGCCACUACCAUUACCACUACUACUGCCACUACCACUGCCACCGUCACUACUAUUACCACUGUUGCUUCCAUUACCACUGCCACUACCACUACUACUGCCUCUACCACUAUCACUUUUUGGCGGCACAGCCUUGAAAAUUCAAAAAAACUAGAAUUUUAUAAAACUUUUAAAGAUGAAUAUUCUACAUCUGAUUAUCUCUACCAGCUAAGACAUUAUGACGAACGACAGAAUUUUGUUAAAUUUUAUAAGUAAUCACAAACUUAUGAUUGAACAUGGUCGAUACCAAAUCGAUCAUUUGCCAAGAGAAAAUAGAUUAUGUCCCUUAUGUAACUCAAAUCAGGUAGAAGAUGAGAUUCAUUUCCUCUUUCAAUGUAAGUAACAAAUACUCAGUACAGAGACAGGCAUUUAUUAAUCAAAUCAAUCGAAUAAUACCUGACUUUGACAAGAAAUCAUCUCCAGAAAGCAUAAAACAGAUUAUGAAUUCGAAGGAACAUCAUGUAAAUAAGUUAGUUAUGAAGUUUGUUUCCUCCUGUAUGAAAGUACUCGAUUCAUUGUUAGUAAAGUAACUGAAUUUUUCUAGAUUAUUAUUACCGGUAGUGCUGUUUGUUUUAUAUUUUGAUUGUCAUAUGCAUGCUUUUGCAAUACUGUAAAAUGAUGCGGUCAUGCAAAUAAAGCAAUUUAUUACUAUUACCACUACCACUACCAUUACCUCUACAGCUACCACUACCACUACUACUACCACUACCAAUGCCACUGCAAAUAUCAGUACCACUAUGGCUGCCUCUACCAUUGCAUUGCCACUACCACUACCACUGAAACUGUCACUACCAUUGUCACUACUACUGCCACUGCCACUACCACUAUCACUGCCACUACUACUAACACUGUCACUACUACUGCCACUGUCACUACCACUGCCACUACUACUGCCACUACCACUUCCACUACCACUAUAACUGCUACUAUCACUGCCACUACCACUACUACUGCCGCUGUCGUUGCCACUGCCAAUACUACUGCCACUGUCAUUUCCACUGCCACUGCCAGUACCACUACUACUGCUACUACCACUACCACUGCCACUGUCACUACUAUUACCACUGUUGCUGCCAUUACCACUGCCACUACCACUAGUACUGCCUCUACCACUACCACUUUUACUGCCACUGCCACUGCCACUGCCACUGCCACUACUAUUACCACCUACUACCACUUCCACUAGUGCUGCUACUACCACUGGGGCUGCUACUACUGCAACUUCGGCAGCUACUGUUGCUAUGACUAGCUUUACCACUUCCAUUAUUGCAUUCACCAAUGGUGUUCCUUAUUAAAUAUCUGUAGACUUCAAUCUGAAUUUAUUUCUAUGCAUGUCUUUAACAGGUGUCUGCUGGGGAGGAGUUAGAAAGUGAUAGGUACUUGAUAACUAUAGAAGAAAGGCUGGACUCCUCUGCUGACCACACCCAGGGGUGCAAUUCACAGAGAGUAGAAGAAAGAGAAGUUAGUAACACACCUGGGAUUUAUCAACCAAACAAAAGGAAAAGACAAGUAUGUGGCACUUUAGAGUACACUCUGAGGGGUCUAUAUAGGUGCGAAUUAACGUAAGAAAAAAUUUUUUAAUGAAAAUGGAUUUUGUAAAGUAAUAACACAGGUAAUUUAAAGUCGGAACACAAAUUUAGGAUAUAUUUAAUAGUAGAAUAACUUUUUAAUUUGAGUCAAAAAGUCUUCGUAAAUCCUGGAUAGUAAUACGUUUGAGCUCAUAUUAAUGAUAUUGAUUUGUGUAACUCUUUGUAGUGUUUCCAACCGCCAAAAAUCAAUCAAACUACUCCUGCACUAUCAAGGCACCUUGGACCUGAAUACAAAAAGGUACUCUGUACUGACAAAGUUGUAAGGCAGCACUGCAGGCUAUAUGUAUGUUUGUUUACCCAUUCACACUUGAACCGCCCAUAAGCACGGAGGCAGUUCCACAGCUUGCGAGCAUUCUGCCUGAGAGAAUGCGCGAGUGAGCGGCGCCCGUCGCACUAGCGUUUCCUAUCGCGUCCGGCUCUCGCGUGACUUCUCACGUCUCCCCCAAAUGGAGAGCUUGCUCGCAGACUAUCAGUUCCACCUCCCUUGUACCACUUGGGUCAUCCUCAAAUUUAAAUAUUCACCAUCAGCCUGGACAUCUAGACUUACUUAUGUAAUAGAAAAAAGAUCUUUCCAACCAUACCUGAACGAGCACGAUUCAGUGAAACGGGCUGAAAAAAAAACCUCUUCCAACAUGAAACGCUGACCCAAACAUUCCAAUGAAAAUGUAGCUCCACUAUCCCAAAGGACUUCCUUCUGUCUAAUCCUAUAAUCUUUAAAGUUUUCCAAAAGUGCCCCUAUAGAAAUGUUGACUGGUAAAUGCCCAGCAAAAAAAUAAAUUAUUUGAAAAAAGGCAAGAAAAGCGAAAGAAAAGGUGAGGAGAGAAAGCGAAAGUUGAACUAAAGUCGAGGGGUCAGUGUCACUUUUAAACCGUUAAGUCAUUAGGCCAAAACUUGUUUCAUACUGGUUUUGGACCAUUUCGCAUUUUUCUUUGUUAACAUCCUACAUUAAAUUACCUUUCAGCCACGAAGAGAAAAUGUCCUUCCAAAAAAUACAAACCUUAACACUGCAGAAUCUAGAGUUCCAAGUAAAAAUGACUUCUUCAACAUGUACAGUACUUACUCCAGUAAUCGAAAGGUGGAGGGUGAUUCUCGUCACCAUGGAAAUAAGCCGGAGAUUCCCAGCUAUAACAGCUGUUCAGUGUUGCAGAGGUCAAACUUGCAGAAUUUGUGUGUUACACCGCAACGGCAUGACCAAGUUGUUCCACUAAAUGUAACUGGGCCUUCUAAAGCUGGUAUACACAAAGAGAACAAAGCCUUGACUAACUCGGUGCCCUCAAAGUCAACCAUAUCAUUGCAAAAAGGAAGCUUUAAUAACAGAAGUUUCUCUGAAGGUAAACGUAAUACUACCCAGAUCCUGGCAUUAUUCUCAGCGUUUAAUAAUACGCCUCGACUACAACUGUUAACAGAUGAAGAAAGCAACAAUACUGAUCAAGCAAGCAUUGAGCUAACUGGAAAAUCACCAUCGCGUUUUGAGGGAAAUUUGGACAACAGCUCCUCUCCAAAGGAUGCAGUUAGAUUAAGUGUGGAGACAAAAAAAUCUUCUGAGACAGCUUGCGAACCUCAAAUAAAUGCUACAGACAGUGAUUCACCUGAACAGGACCUGGUGUCGAGCGAAGAUCUCUGCAACUCCUUUAAUUUAUCCCCGGAUUCGUUUGCGGCUUGUUCCAGUGAGAAGAAAGCUGAGGUAACAAGUGCAGUUGGUCAAGUAAGCCCCACUUGUGAUAUUGCCUCUGUAGCUACACUACCAGACGACGAUACCCAAGAUUGGGAGUCCCAUUGCGAGACACAAUUGAACGAUGUUUUGUCACAUGAUUCUGAAUCAGUCUCUCCUUUGAUGAAGCACUUGACAAGUUCAGUCCAAGAUUAUGAUAAUUCUGAUUCUGAAGCUAAUGCCAAUAGUAAGGUGGAAAGAGGAUGGCUUUGCGACUUUUCAAGUAAUAACAGUCAACUGCCGAAACACUUCAAUAUUCAGAGCUCUAGUUCCCCUACUGCACACCACUCCUCUUCAGUGUUACGCCCAUCUACGGACUCGUCCUUAAUUCAGAAAUAUCUGCAAGGCUCUUAUGCGUCAGAAAAGACAAUUGGUGAAGCAGAUUUCAUACCCGCGAGUCCUUCAACAGAGCAAAACCUACUUUCUUUCAGAUCGGAAGCCAGCACACGCGUUUCAAAAACAAACGCGAAAGAUGUUUCACUGAGAGAUUAUGAAAACAUACCUCAAACGCAAUCAAGAACUGAACAAUUUAGUAUCGAAAUGAAUGGAUUUUCCAGUCACCCGGGAUCAGCAUUUGAGUACACUGCACUGGAAUGUGUGGAGCGAUCGGAUAAAAGUUUGCGUCAAAAAAGGUGUGGGAAUUUGGAGCCUUGGAAUGCAUCAUUUGGUUUAAAGGAUCUGGAAGACACUGAUAAUGGGCUGUCACCAGAGUUCUACCCACCAGACAGUGGAAAAAUAACCCAGUGGAGAGUUGCACCCAUUGUCUCAACUAAAGUGGUUCCUACUGACUCUCGAACGGUAAGCAACGUGCUGUGUGAACUAUUUUGCUUUGUACCAGUCGGGUAUUGCUCUUAGGGUCUAACACAAAACUUGGUGUUGGUAAUCCUUUUGACUCUUGAGAUGACCACCGCACAGGUUGGCGAAACGUCAGUCACUGUCAACAACAGUCCUAUUUAGGACUACGCUCACCCGGAAUAUCAUAUUGCACUUACUUAUGAAAUCCUAAUAUUGCUUAAUUUUGUGAUCGCCGUGUAGAGUCCACAUGGAGAGCCAAAACGUCCAUAACAGUAACUCAAGUUCAUAAAUACAGUCAACUCCAGAGGACACUGUAGGCACCUUGAGUUAGUGUCCUCAUUAGCGAGAGUCCGUAAUAGCGGAAGUUUAUUUCAGUCAAACAUCUCUAACAUAUUUUUGGGGAGGAUUUAGCUGCUGUCCUUAUUAUCGGGGUGUCCGUUAUAGCGAAUGUCCGCAAGGCGAGAGUUGACUGUAUCACCCAGUGACCCUACUGUUUAAAAUGAGCGGGGGACUUAACACCCCGGUGGUGAUACUGCCUUUUCAUGGGUUGUUUAGGAAAGGGGCUGUGUCAGGACCUCGGUGAUUGGCAAACGCUGUUGUGGUAUCCUCGCCAUGUCAGGUAAAACUGAUAAUAAACAAUUAUUGGAUGAGGUUUUUGUGAUAUCCGGAAUAAUCAAGGUCAAAGUAAGUGUUAUCAGCCGAAGCCGAAGGCUGAGGCUGAUAACACUAACCGAGACCUUGAUUAUUCCGGAUAUCAAAAAAACCGAAUCUAAUAAUUGUUUUAUUAUACAUUAUUUUGAAGAAAAUAACGAGAAACGCAUUAUCGCAGCGAUCACAGUUUAUUGCUGUCCGUGCACUUGACAUUGCUCUUGGAUAUCAUGCAUUGCGCGCGCAACCUACAGAUUAUUCACUAAUCUGUAGGUACAGAUUAGUGAAUAAUCUGUAGGUUGCGCUGUUUCCCAGAAUUAACUGUAGGCUUUUAGCCAAUGAGAGGACAGAUGGUGACUACAAUGUAUAAUAAACUGAGUUAAAUGAUGGAAAAUGUUUAACUGGUCACCUUAAAAUUAGUCACGGUCAUUUACAUAUACGAAAGGAAUCGGUAACGACAGGUUUCGACAAGAGCACUUUGAUUAUUAUAUUGAGAAAGUUGUGUUCAGUUUUGGUAUUUUGAUGGGUGGUCGCAAAUGGUAGUUCAAAAGCAGUAAUUUAAUUAUCAGCAGUCUUAUUACUGCGCUUUUCAAUAACACGCGAACUCUGAAUUUAAAAAGCUAAAUUCGCAACUGCUUUUUUUUGCUGCUGUCACUAGGGAGCUUAAGCAACAACGACGGCGACGGCUACAAAAACGUCACUUAAAAAGUGAAUUCGCACCGCUUCAAACUUUAUCGCGCUUAUUCCAUCUCGUUUACUUCGUCAAAUGUUCGCAAAUGUUUUUGGAGUUGAAUUCUAAAGGACUGUAUCAAAGUUCAGGAAAAGAAAAGAAAGUUGUUGUCUUGUGUUCCCGUCCUCGACAAAACGUGAAUUCAGGCAUUUUCACGUUGUAGUCAGGCAACGACGGCAAAGAAAUGUACAAAAAAAGCGUGAUGCACGUGCAAAGUUGUUGUUUUGCUAAUCAAACCAAUUGCUUUUUUGCCGUUCUCGUUGCCGUCCGCGUCGUCGUUGCUUAAGCUCGCUAUUUUUAAUUAUGAGCCUUCAGGUACAGCAAAACCCAACAUGGAUCAAAAUCCCAUUAUCACAAAUCAGAAAACACGAUCUCUUCAAGUCGUUGAAGUAAACGUCUGUUUUCUGAGAGGUCCACUGAGAUGAUUGACGGCAGCAAAGAAAGCAAAUGUGUAGUUAGUUUUUGAAUUUUACAUUGAUAACCGCAGUAAGGUAAAAUUGAUUUUCCCAAGUUACAUACUGUUAUAAAACGAGAAAGAAAUUAUGAAUGGCACUGAAGUGAUUGUCAUGUAGAUGGUGCUUUUUCACUGUGUCAGGUGAAGGCAGGUGAAGGUCACUCGUGGAAAGGCUCUGUGGUUAGCGAUACAGUGAAAAGAGAUUCACAUUCUGUUCCCAUGGUAACAGUUCAAAGGCAAGAACUCUACACUCCCACUACAUGUCCUCAAGGUAAGAAUAGUCGCAUAGUGUAGUCCGGUGAAGUAGUACGAGCUAGAAGAAAGAAGAUGUUAAUCGACAUGGGUCAAACAAAGGAAGCAUCUUGAGUCCCUGACAUUGAUAUUGGGGCCCAGAUUAACACAGUCGGUUAGUACACGGCUUUCUUUGUGGGAGUUUCCGAGUUCAAACCUCGAAUCCUGCUUUGACUUCUUUUCUUUCAGUGGUAAUUUAAGAAGCUUUGAAUACCCGUAAAACGAGCACUGAUGGAGAAAGUGGGGGGGGGGGGGGGGGGGUUAGUUAAAAACUUAGAGAUACUUGAUAGUUGUGACUUGACGAUUACAGUUGUAUCCCCCUUUACCACUGAGCUUAAAAUUUAUUUAAAACAAGCAAGAGCUCGUGUAAACAAAUUACAGAAGGAUGCAGGGGAAGCAAAGGCUGUGGGGAAUAACUCGAAAAUUUUUUUCAUACUAACAGUGCAGUCCAUGCUUCAAGCUUUCCUCAGCCUGUAAACCUAACAAGAUUUCAUCCGAGCAUCAGUGAUAAAAAGAAAUGAAUCUUAGCGAUAGCUGUAAUAUGUUUUUUUCCAGCACAGUCGAUGGUCACUUCUUUAAAGGCUCAUAAAAAAGUGAUUUAAAACAUCCCUUUUAUUGAAGCAAGUCGACCAAACAUCAUUAGAAGCUCUAAUUUAACCAUCUUUAUAUUUGUUAGGUGAUCAAAGAAUUCCAUCGUCUGACUUAACAACCUGGGUAGACUCAAUUUCAUCGACGGACGUGUGUGAAGAUUCGCCUUGCUUCAUGUCAGGUUUGGAGAGGGGAUUUGCUACUAGUGAAAGUCUAGCGCUAUCAUCCACCGAGGGAUUUAUAAAGAAUAGUCAAUUUGCAGAUCAAAACCACCCAAGGAUUUCGGACGUUGUGCAAAGAGUUCCUCAACUGGUAAUAAUCUGCUUAUUACUCGUAAAAUUUUAAUGCAUGAAAAACUCAAGGAAUGUGUGAAGUAAUGAUUGAGUGACUAAAUGAACGGACGAGCAUAUGAACGCACACUCAAACGCGCACAUCCACGCACGAACGAAGGAAACAAACGAGAGAAUAAGAAUUUGAUUCAAAACGUUUCGGAAGAGUUUUGGUAUUGAAUUUUUCGAACUUAUUCAAAUUUAGUGACGAAAUGAAGAAGACACAGAAACCACCGAUUUAAGGAAGUUUUGAAAUUCAAUGCUGGUUUUCAUAAAAUUUUGGAACUUUAUAUUUUUAUUUCUAGAAAAAUUAUUAUUCAUUCGAGUUACAAGUGUAUUAAACUGUCAAAACAGUCUUUUAUGCAAUAUCUAGAAUCAGAUACCUCGUAAUCAGUUUCAUGCAUAAGCAACUGAGUUGCUUGUCUCCUUUCAACACUUCGGUGUUUGGAUACCAGAUAAAACACUCUUUGUAGUGUUUGGUAUAUCACUUGUCGAUGUUUGGAUAUCAGAUGAAACAUUCCUCGUGUUUGAUACAUCACUUCUUGGUGUUUGGAUAUUAGAUAAAACAUUCCUACUCGUGUCUGAUAUCCCGAAACAUCCUGGACUAUUUCUUGUUCAUUCACUUGACUACGUUAUCAUACGACGGACGUAGCUUUUAUGGACGUUGCGUCGUUUCACUGUUUUGUCAGUCGAACUUCCUGUUACGGACAGCUCUCUAAUACAGACCCCUUUCCUUUUCCCAAAGACACCAAACUUACCAUCAAUGCCUCUAUAACCCAGUUACCUCUGUUGUGCGGACACUUGACUCUACCAGUGUAUUAUGGAAGUCUGGUUGUAUUCACUCUGGUUAUGUUUACGUUCUUUCCAGUCCAAGCGACGAGCUCCGAUACUCACUGCCCCGUGUGAAGAUCACGGCAUACAACAGACAGUUCCUCAGAACACACCAUCUCACAAGAACACUUCUGCCGGGAUGUACCCCACUAAACAUUACUCUGAAUUCAGCAAUGUCUUAACAGCUUUUCAUAGAAAAUCCAAAUCACUGUGUGGUGGUACAGAGCUAGCUGUAAAGGAGAACAAGGAAAAUUCAGCCCCAGUUGGUUCGUGUCGACGGGUUGGCCUUAGGAGGGUGGGGUUGGGAAAAUCACGUGAACUUCCUAAGAAUCAGCAGGAGUUUUGUCAGACGAGAGAAGAGAUUCAUGGAAAACAAGAUGGGUACAGGCCUCCAACAGUCCCCAGCUACAUGGCUGGCACUUUAUCCGGAGACGUAAGUAAUUUUUCCUUUAUCACUUUUACGUUUGACGGACUUUGACUAAGUGUUAAUUUAGAGAAGUAGACCGCUCUGGUAUUCCUGUAUGUCAACAAAGACACUAACCCGAGGGUUGGGUGACAAAAGACAGUGAUUUGUAUGAAAUUGCCUUAAAAGCCUCGAUCUCGUUUCAUUGUGUGCUUACUGGAGUGGACUGCAGAGAAAGGUGUAUUGAUUAUUCUAUUACGCUGAUUUAGCAACAGAGAGGGAACGUCAGUUGACGACGGCGCACGCAAUCAAACAACUGGCUUGACCAAUGGCAGAGCGCCAAAUUGGGUACCGUAAGUCGAGUUUAGUCCUUUCCGCGCGCUUUCCCGUCGCCAAAUGACGUUCUCGUUCUGCUGCUAAAUCACCCUAUUUUUAAAGCCGCAGUGAUAUUCUACCUAAUAGCGAGUUUAAACAACGACGACAGCGACAGCGACGUCAGCGAGAACGGCAAAAAAGAAAUAGGUAUACAUUAGCAAAACAACACUUUUGCACGUGCAUCACGCUUUUUUGCACAUUUGUUUGUCGUCACUGCACGACUACGACGUGAAACUUCCUAAUUUCACGUUUUUUGGAGGACGUGAACGCAAGAAGACGACUUUCUUUCUCCUUUCCUGAACUUCGAUACAGUCUUUUGUAAUUCAUCUCCAGGAAAAAAUUUACAGCAUUUGACGAAUCGAACGAGAUGGAAUAAGCGCAAUAAAGUUUGAAGCGGUGCGAAUCCACUUUUAAGUGACGUUUCCGUAUCCGUCGCCAUCGUUGUUGCUUAAGCUCCCUAAUGUGUCGUGACCUACGACUCCAUGGCCCCUACCCACUCUCCCUCAACGUCUCCUGGUGAUUCUUAAUCGGAUUGUUUUUAGUGGGUGUCCUGUGGAAUACCCAAGUCUAAAUGUGGAGCGUUCUGCUUUAAUUGGUCAAAAACAAGCAGGCGACCUUGAAAGCGUCUGUGUCUUAUCCUGUUGCCUCUGCAGAUUUAUGAAUUAGAAUUGGUUUUGAUUAGCUAUCGAAUGCUUAAAGCCGAGAGCUGUGCAUAUUUUUAAUGAACAUACUUGCGUAAUUUCUCUGGACAGGAUAAAAGCUCUGAUAUGCGAUGAUCUACUAUGAAAUUGUUCCAAAAAUUAUACACUUAGAGAGCCGUGGAGUUUUUUCAUUCUAACAUAGACAAAUUCACUCGAUAGCAAAAAUCCCAAACCCCUGGGAUGUUUAGUCCCCAAAUUAAAAAAAACCCUUUUCUCUCUCUGUCUUUUACAGCGAAGUAUGGCGGGUCAACUGUAUUUCCCAACUGCAGAAGAAUGUGAGAGUAGUGUCACUCCAACCCGACAAAUCACCGUUCCGGUGACAUUUGAAGAUGUCAUGCAGUAUAAACAAGUCUUCAAGGCCGCUUUGAGAGGUGAACUGAAUGCAAUUCACAGGAGCACGCUCCUAUUGUCAUUGAUCAAUGAAUCCUUUUUAGUUUUGGUCAAAAUAAUUGGUUUAGCAGUUUUGUUCGUUUAACUUUACCAAGACUAUGCAACAAUUUUAUUGCUCUUAAGGAAGUCAAAGAUGCUGACGCGAGAAUGCCCAAAUACAGUAAACUACUGCGUAUGAACCUGACAUCCCCUAUGAGAAAGGUUUUAAAUUUUGUGGUUCUUGGUCUUCACUUUGGCUACACAUGCUCGUUUGGAACGAUAUUUUUAUAACGUGUUGGCCCAGGACGCGGUAAUACCGCGGUUAAUACACUAAAGUUCGCCAAGGGGGUAGAAUUUCCGCAACAAAUAGCCACGACCUUGGAAUGAAGUAAUGUCUUUGGGGAAUUGCUUGAGUUGGAAUUUUUCUCACUGAAGAUGGGCGGGGUAUUUUCCAACUGCGCAAAUUCAGAGUUGGAAAGUGUAAGAGGGACAAACCUGGCGAUAACGGUGCAGCGUUUCGUUUGCCUCGUACAUGAGACAAUCCUAAUUAACUUUAAUCUUUGUCUAUAACAGAGCACCUGAAUAUUGUGUUAUUUGAACUGGCUCGUUCCUACCACUCUGCCCUGCAGAAAGUUGAUGUUUCAGGAUUUGAUACUAAUCAGCAAGGUACUUUACUGCGAUUAUACCAACCUCGUUCCCAGGACUUUUCUCUGAUCAAGCUGCGGGAAAAAAGUUAAGAAUGUGUUAUUAAAACUCCCUUACAUUUUAUCGUAACCAGUAAGGAAGCAACUGAAUUCCUUUAUGACCAUAAAUCGAAUAGAUUUUUAUUAUUCUGAUGACAAAGUUUUAAAAAUUAUUAAUUUCUUGUAGGUAAUCGUCAGACUUCAGAUGGUCCCAGCUGUCACCAUGGUAACAAAUUUACACUAGUAGUAUGAGUUUGACCCGGGAUACCUAUAAUAACUUUGGUGAAAUUCACAGUUCCCAAGGGCUAGACUAGGCGUUUCCCUCUCGCCCCAUUAUUAUUCUUUCCGAACCAUACCUAUCGGUUUUCUGUUGAUCCGCUUUCUCAGCGCAAUUUUUUUUACAAUAAUAAUAACUUUUCCCCGAGAGAGGAAGAACAGAAUGAGCCUUGAGUGAAGACAAAAGUAAUAGGCCAUUUCCGAGUUCCAAAAAAUCUCACUUUCGAAGCGAGGCUAAGUGCGAAGCCAUUGAUAUGAAAAUGAUUUUUAAUUAUGAUGCAAAUAAAACUCAUUUUCACAACAAAGGUUUCGCACUUAGCCUCGGUUUGAAAGUGAGAUUUUUUGGAACUCGGAAAUGGCGUAUUCUUACUGCAAGUUGUAAUGUCUUAAAACGAAAAGAAAAAUCAACAAAUAAAAGAAAAGCAUGUAUUUUCGAGACACUAAGAGAGCCUCGCAAUCAUAAAGUCUAGCCAGUUGUUCGAAGAAGGGUGGAUAACGCUAUGGACUAGUUAAAUCCCUAUUCAGUGGAUCACGUACUUAAUUUUUCUAAUCCUUAUCCGGUGGAUCGCGCUGUCCAACGUUUGAACAACGGGGGCCAGGUUGGUCAAAGCAUUUUCACAUCUUGUGGACUUCUACCAAGAAUGAUAUGGAUGUAAGAAGUGCAUUGUUACACGUUACGUCACGUCACGUCAAGUCACGUAUUGCUUUAGUCACUAGGGGUAAGGCUAGCGUUAAGUUUGGUUAGUUUUUAGUCGACGUCAAUGAAUCAUCUUUGCCCUAACUUUUUUCAUUUUUCAACUUUUUUAAAUUGACUGUCGACAGGUCAGGCACGUUUAAGAGCAGUUAAAAAGGAUGGCCCAAACAAGGUUAGACCUUUUAAGACCCACACAGAAUCAGAAUCUUGAAUUUUCAACAUCUAGCAUUCACGAACUUGGUUUUCUAACAUCUUGUCGAAAGAUCUUGAAACUUCAACAUCUUGCAAGAACGAUCUUGAAUUUUUUAGCAUCUUUUCAAGAUCUCGGUUGCAAGAUGUUGAAAAUUCAAGAUCUUGCAGCUCACAUUCAGAAGCUCACCCCCGUAAACUCAAAUUUUCACUUCCGGUGGUUUGUAGUUUUAAAUACUGACCACUGUAAACUCACAUUUUUACAUUUUCAUUUCCGGUAGUUUGUAGUUUUAAAUACCAGUGAUAUAUAUCUUCCAGCUGAAACACGAACACUCACGACAACACAAGCUUAUGGCAUGAAAAGUGUCCCGCUUAAUAAGUAUCGCGCUUUUAUUCAUUCAAUCACUCUCUGUCACAUUGCAACUCUUAGUAUGCGCACUAUAUUUGCCCUACAGGGCCUGGAUUGCAUGACUUAACUAGUCAAAGAUGAUGACUAUUUAGUUGUUCAUGUGUUAAUCAAAACACUCUUUCUUUUGUGUCAGGGACGUCUAUUCUACACCUGUUCUGCAACAGGCCAAUCACAAUGCAAGGUUAUCUAAAGUUUUUUCUUCUUUCCCUCUCUCAAUUUGACCUAUGAGAAAGAAAGUUUGGCUCUGCAAGCCUUUGUAAUAGGUUAUUUUCGUGUUAACUCAAGCCUCUGUUUCAAAGCGAGGCAAAGUGCAAAGCCAUUGACAUGAAAACGAUCUUUAUUCUCAUGCAAAUAUAACACAUUUUCACAAAAAAAGAUUUUGUUCUUAGUCUCGUUGAGUGAGGCUUUCUUGAACUCGAAAAUUUUGAAGUUGCCGGUGAGACUGGCUCUGUGCUAUGGGACUAUUUUAGAGACGCUAUAGCGGUUUUCAUUGGCUGUUGCUAGGUUGCCCAACUGGUUCAAAAUACGCCUCCCUCCAUAAAAUAGUCCCACAGGGCAAUUUGACACAUUUCCCCACAGUGUCACUCGCUGCUUCAAACUGGCCAAAUAACUUGUAUAGAACCUCGACCCUGAAAGCGCAUGACGUAAAUCAGUGUAAAUUAGUAGGAAGAUAAGUAUUCUUUACUCUAGUCUUGAAAGACAAGUUGAAUUUGUAAGAGCUGGCUGAUGUUCAUGCAGUUACCUAUCUUUUUUUCUUAACUUUUUUCGAGCCUUUUGAGGGUUUUAUACCCAGCUACAGCUCUUUGUAAUAAAUAGUAAAUGUGCCUGCGUUAUCACAGGACAGCUAUUUAUCUCGGCAUGCCAAAAAGGAAUACAGCCAAUCAGAUGGCCAGAAAGCCGUUGGAUUUUCUACGUUAUCCAAAGGGUGGUCGGUGGUCUACACUUAAAUGGGAUAUGCGUUGUGGUAAUCGGCAAGUGUCUAAUUUUUUAUUCGCGGGGUUAUUUUAUGUGAGCAAAGGCAAGCGAGAAGCUCGAGACACGCUCGACGGACGAAGACCUUGUCUUGCGCCCCACGGCCCCUUCGUGCUUUACUCGCGCGAAAAACGCAAAUAAAUAGCGCCUGUUCAUGGGUGCGUGUGGGUAUCAAGAAUAUCAACUCGGAGGUGUUAUACUUUACGGUAUAAUGUUUCUCUUGAAAACAUUGUAUAUCUUCUGAAUCCAAAAACGGCUAUCACGAAGUGGUUUUAAAGCGGUUGUGUGUGCGAAAUGAGGCUUAUUCGUAAUUUCAUCUUAUUUCAGUUCUUCAAGUGGGCGGAUGAAUACCAAGCUAAUAAAACUGGAUCAAAAGAAGUAGGACUAAAGUCUUCAAGUAAACUGACUGUUUCAUCUCCUGACAGCCUUAUGUCUUUCCUGAAAAGCCACGUAAGUUGAAACAUUUUUUGGUUGUUCAGAGCAGAGUGUAAUACUGUGGCUUGUUUUUGCUGGCCUUCGCUGACGCUGAAUGGUUUCAAGUAGCUGCAAAAUAAUAAUGUUGACGAUGACUAUGGUAUUGAUGUCAGAUGAUGAUGAUGAUGAUGAUGACCGUAAAAAUUUAAUCUAUAAUCCAGAGCAUUAAACGACUUCCUUGCGUUGAUUUCAGAAUGUAGCGUUUUACUGUGAAUGCCAUCUGAUAAGGAAGCAUACGGACAGUGGAGGGAAGUUUGGGGCCUCAAAAACGAAGGUACCAAAUGAAAUUUUUUGCGUCCUCUCUUUCUGCGGGUUUAAAUGUAUCUUUUUCUUUGGACGGGACGAAAAACUGCCUUGCUUACGCUAAGACAAACUUAACAGCAUUUGACACACGUACAAAAACCCACUGCCUGGCCAGUACCUAACGCAUGCGCACAGCCAUAUCAUCCGGGCAGUGGCAGCUAUAGACAGCUAUUUUGCCCGUAUCAGGGCUCAUCAGCAUGGCAUAGCCAUCAAACCUUAUCCAAGUAAGGUUUCAAAAGAAAGAUCGACUAAAUGAAUCGAAUGUUUUCUCCACGGCAUAUUUCAUUGCAUUCACGAAUUAAAAACGUAUUCUUUUGCAGAAGUGGGGGAAAAAGAGAAACAGUGAUCUUGAAAACAAGAAGAAAGGACUUUACCUGGAACUACCCCGAAAAGAGCAUUCGUCGACUUACUCAAAGGGUGAGUUCAAGCUACCACAGGAGCAGUAUACUUAAGCGCUACUAUGAUGCGCUUAUACAAUAGUUGGAUUCUGAUUAAACCUGAUACCGGUAUCGUCGACAAUAGGCAGAUUUAGCGCGGGAAAAGUUUGAACGAUGCUACUUAAUUUGCCGCUUUGCCAUUGGUCAAUUUGGGUUAGCUUUGUCGCUUAGCUUAAUGUGUUAUAUGACUUAAGGUGAUUCCCUGGUUUUGCACUGCGCAUCUCUUACUGCGCAUAACAAGAUGGCCUCCGUAAAAAAGAGCAUGUGAAGUAACAUUACUAAAAUGAAGCUGACCGAAGAGAAACGCUAUUGCAAUUUUUGCUCGCGGUUGUUUCUUGUCGAGGUGAGACUCAGUGUGGUGGGAAUGUGCAUAACGUAAGCAGUACGCGUGAUGCUGAGUUCGACUUCCUCACGGAGAACCUCGUUAGUGGAUGUUUAAUUUGUGCUUAUUCACUUUGAUUUUCAUUUAAACGCUUUCUUUAUCACAUUGUGUCCUAAAUGUGAUAUCUCGAUGUAAAUUCUGUAAAAACGGAUUUUUUAGUACUUUCUUCCCCUUUUCGCAUACAUUCUAAUUGAAACUCGCCCCAGUCCUCUCUCAAAAAUCAAGGAAAAUGCAUUUGGUGCGCACUUUCUGCAGCUCUACCGCAAAAACGAGUACGGUGACCCCCAUUUUUUAUUUCAUGAUUUUAAUAAGGACAGUGCUUCCUUUCGGUGAGAAAAAAAUUGGCACAAAUCUAUGUUCAGUUUUUUGGCAAGUUUACUAAAUUGUACGGAUUGAGCUAUCACGUGUCGAAUAGCGCGUGUCCAAUUUAAUUCUACUUUGGAGCGUAAAGUAAAAACAAGGGCAUUAAAAGGCAUUUUUCUAGUACGUAAGUGGAUAAACAAUACAUUAAAGUCAAAUUCUGUGCGAUACCAUAUGCAUCAUUGAAAAAAUCUUUCCUUUUUGUCUAGUUUUGGGCUGCGCGCGGUUUAUGUCAAAGGGUCCAAAAUAGCCGUAUUUGUCGGCAUUGUGACGUCAAAACGAGCACGGUGACCCCCACUUUUUAUUACCUUUUUAUCAUCUUCUUGACUUAUUGCAUCAGUGUACCAAGUUUCAUCUAAAAUCUAUGUUAGGUUCUUUUACUAGGGAAUCACCUUAAGAAAGAUAAGUCUCCCCACCCGAUCAGUCCACGCUUGCUCGAGAAACCUUUACACAGUCAACUGUUCCUAAGACAAAUAUCGUUGGGACAGGCGCUAAAUAUUUAUGCUAGAGAGGUAUUUGCCUUGUAAGGAGUCAAGGAAAAGGGCUUAAUCUGCAGGAAUGAAGCGACAAACUCCCAAUGUCCGUUUUUAAGCGAUGUCACUGUGGACAAUUCGUAACUACCAACAGAGCGUUUCAACAUUGUUGCGACAUUGUUUCGAAUUGUUCCAACAGUGUUCCAACAUUGUACAGCCCGGAAAAUCGUCGUUGCUAAUCGUCUCAUGUAACAUCAGUUUAAGGUUUUAGAAAAAAAAAAGGUGUUUUGUUAUGAUAGCUGUAUGUAGCUUGUGCAUCAUUUAUUUGUAGAUGACAUCUGGAUCAUAUCAAAGAAGCUUUCUUUUGAUCAAGAGUCAACAUUCAUAGCAAGCAGUGUUUACUAUGGUCCGUCCUCUAGUGGAGAGCUAGAAAUCACACCAAUCAGGUUUGAAAUCGCUUUCUUUGCGUGACUGUAAAAACACCAUUUAAAAGGUCGAUGACCUAUACUUUGUCCCUUAACGUGGUGGGGAGGUUUGCGUCCUUGAAGGUGUACCAAUUGGGACCUCAGUCCGUGGUGGGUUCAACCGUGCUGGGCAGAGUUUGGAUAUAAGACAAGACGAAUUCCAUAGCCUGGUCCUCCAGGUUGGGGUUGAGCGAUGGGUUAAUGACCUAUGCCGUAAAAACGUCUCAUUACUGAAACCGGACAAACUUUUUGAGAUAGCAUGCAGACCAACAACUGUGGAGGCCUUAUGCGCAACAGAGUAGCAGAUCAACAAAAGGCCGACGACUGACACAAACCGUAAAGAAAGAUGAACCAUUUCUUUUGGAGAAAAACCCACCCAUGUAAUACAAUGCAGACGUGUCAGUCAAAUUGUGGAGCGUUACAUAAACAAUGGGAAAGCAGUCAGUCUUCCCAGUCUGCCUCCUUCCCAGGCUUUCCCAAGGCUUAGCGGAGAGCAUAGGACAAGCGAGAAGCGCGAGAGCUGGAGCCAAGGGAAAAACUCGAGAGGGGGAUGAUGGGAACGAGCUUUCCUUAAUAAUUAAUUCAAAUAUCCCCCAAAAAAGGAUUACGAGCGAAUGGGGACGAGUCAGCUUGGUGAGUUGACUCAAUAAUCUUGUUUGGAGUCAAUUCCUGUAUAAGCAGAAACAAAAGAAACCAAGACAAAGCAAUUAAAUUUAGCUGUCUUUUCUAUGAUUCAUACUAACUAAAUCAGCUUUAGUGACCGCCUUUUAGCCAACUGUUGGAACGCUAGUCUGUUGAACGAGAAGUCGUGGGUUUCAUCCCCAAGGCCCGGUUAAGCUCAGGGUUUCAAAAUAACCCAUUAAAAAUGGGCCUUUGAUUGGCUCAUAUACCCACGUAGAAAUGAUGGUCCGGUCUCCAAUAAUUAGUACCUCGCGCUUAAACAUUCACUCUGAUUUUUUUCUCACAUCAGUGUAAACUGUAACCCUGCCUUUUGGUUUUUUCUUAACAACUACAUGUUUUUUAUCUCCUAACAUUUCAGUGGUUAUUCGCCUUCAAAUUGGACAAGUGGAGGUAAGUCCCCAGGAACUUGUUAGAGAAUCCAAUGGUCGGUUUGUUACCUUACGUUUACUCGAAGGACAAACAAAAGCAAAUAUAUAAAAACGACCUGGGACUUACAAAAAAUGACUAAGGUUUUUCUUGUGGUCGACAAUUGUGGCACAAAACGACACAUGCACAGUUCAUAUUGUGUAUGAAGCACAUUCAGUAUUGUUUCUUUAAUUUAUGUCGUUGAUUACUGUUUCGUUGUUGUGUUUAACACAGAAACCGUUCAUGCCUUGAUGGCUUGCAAUGCUGGCACAGAACUGACCUGUAUCAGUAAUAUUGAGGAACAUGUCAAACUACAGAACAUGCCCGUACUAUCUUACAUUCUACAAAGGUGGGUUUAAUUCCGAAGAAUUUUCUCUUUCGAAAUUGUACUGAGCUGUUUUUCAAAGACAUCAGUCGCUGGGGCAUGCGUAGUUCAGAUUUUGGAGCUGCCUAUAAUGUCUGCUAUUUCUUAUUAACAGGGGAGCAGGGAUGGCGCAGUGGUGAGAGCACUCGCCUCCCACCAAUGUGGCCCGGGUUCAAAUCCCGGCGUCGACGCCAUAUGUGGGUUGAGUUUGUUGUUGGUUCUCUCCCUUGCUCCGAGAGGUUUUUCUCCGGGUACUCCGGUUUUCCCCUCUCCUAAAAAACCAACAUUUCCAAAUUCCAAUUCGACCAGGAAUCAGGUAGACGAAGAACCACUAUGUGGAUGUGCUACCUGCAAAUCGUUAUUUAUUUAUUUUAUUUAUUUAUUUAUUUAUUAUUGGGGCACAUGUGGCAAAACCCGAUCUCGUGAUGGUACCCUACUAAAGGAUCGCUGAAGCGGCUGUGGGUGAAAGAUUUUUCUAGUUGUAAACCCUUAUCACUCUUAAACUGAAGGUCUCCUACUCUUGUAUAGCCAGCAGGCUAACCCAUAGGCUAACCCAUAUUCUUCGAAUCGGACUUAACCUCGUGUGUAAUUCUGGAUUCUGCAAGAUCUGGUAUUAUUAUAUGGCUGAAUCCUCGAGCGGAUGAAAUGAAGUGAAUCCUGCGUUCUGAUUGGCUACACUCGCGGGUAAGAUGGACCCAUCUUUCCCGCUCGGGAUAUCCCGCGUUUGGUCCUGCAAGAAAUAGGUUUCUUGUCAACCAUACAAUAAAUCCCUUAUUGACUAAGCUCCUUCGGUCAAUAUGGCUGUAUGUUAACCUCUUUCUUUUUCUUUUGUUGCGUUUUUAUUGACCUCGACUUUCGUUUCGUUCUGGAAGAGAACGUGUAAUUUUUCUGCUUAAAUUCGUGUCGAAACAAUCGGUUACCGAUUCUACUACCUUUGAAUUUUGUAAAGCCUAAGUGUUGUGUGACUAAACCUGGGAACAGGAACGUCACAAUAAAAGUACUAUACAGAAUGCAUAGUUUGUUUUCUUGUGAUUAUGUUGCAGAGAGCAGACAGUUGAACCGAACGUACGAAACACAUCUCGAACGUCAUCCUUUGUUCCCCCAAUGUUAACAACCUGCAGUAACCAACUGGAUCUUCCAUCAGAAGUAACGGUAAUUCAGCUUCAUUUACUUCCUGUUGUUGUAAUGUUUUUAAUUAUUUCGGCAUAUUUUUACAAUGAGUCUCUUUCUUUUGUUCUGUUUGCGUGCAGGAAAGCUUAGCAGAGGAAAUGAUAGCUCGGUUUGAUUUAAACAAGGUACGUCGCGAAUGCUUACUUUCCAUAUUACCAUCAACAUCAUAAUAUUAUAUAUAACAAGAGUGCGCUUUUUUUUAGUUAUUAGAGAUGCAGAUCACCUUAUCGUUUCUUUUCUCUUUUCUUUUUCAUAAGCACCAUCAUUCUUAGUUAUCUCCUGAUAAAUUAAAAAAAAGAAUCAACGCAGUGCGCUAGAGCCUCAACUUUGUCUUCGUGGAGCUGCAUGUCUUUAAGCUGCAAUAAAACGCGCAACAAAAACCUGCAAAACGAGUUGAAUAGCGAUGUUUGCCUUUUACCACCCACGAAUCAAACCUGUUAGGCAACAAAUCAGAGAAAACCUUCUGAUUUUGUGAUUUAUUCAUAUCUAUAAGUCAGUGCAUUUACAACAUUUGAAAGGAAUGCAAAGGUAGGGGUGUGAAAGGGGUACCAAUUCUCGAUAGAGGGUACACGAAAGGGGUGCUUUUUCUGUCAAAAAUGCCGUAUAAAAGGGUAAGGAGUUGGACCUCGGAGCGGAGCCUCCCCGAAGAAAACUUUGUCGAGUACUCGCCGGGUAUGCGAACAUAGGAUACUAAGUGGUUACCGAGGUUCAGUCAUUUUUUCGUCAUUCUAGGACCAAGCAACCGCGCUUCUGUCAUGUGCAAGAAUGUUCAACUCGUCAGUGGAUAUAACUUCUCCCUUCCCGCCAGUUUGUUUGAUUCACGGUAAGUUCACACUUGUGCUUUAUUUCCCCUUCUUGCUUUCCCAUAGCCUGUGUCCUUUUUGGUUUAGUUUAGUAAUGUCUGGAAUGACUGGACAGCCGACAAUUUGAUUAACCAUAAACGACUGUUUAACUGUGACAAUGAUCGGAACGCACCAAUGUCAUUACGAGUCUUCACAGCCAAUGACGUCACGGCUUAACUGACAGGGCAUCAAUAACGUCGCGACUUAAUUGACCAAUCAGGUCAAUGACGAGAGUUUAAUACCAUCAAUUGACGUAAUACAAGUCACUUUGACUCUGAAGAUGACUACCGCACAGGUUGUCGAAACGUCAGUCACUGUCAACAACAACAGUCCUGUCCAGGACUACGUUCACCCGGACGAUCACACUCAAACUACUUUUGAAAUGACUCCUGGGUUCAAACCUUUCACAGUUUAACAAUUUCUUCUCAGUAUUUCCCCAAAAUUAUCAUACUUUUGUUUUUGUUUACCAUUAGGAGUAUUUGGCGCAGGAAAAAGCUUUCUUCUUGCUGUCGCUGUUCUAUAUCUAGUAGAGUUAUUUAAAGUCCGCGAUUCUCUCAAUAACCAGAGGUAUGGUUAACUUACUUGUAUGUGAUGAGUCUCCUUUAAUUCCUUUUGAGAAGUAUCGUCGCUUUAUACUACAUCGUAAUUAAGGCGCCUGGUUAUUUAAAUUCUUAUGCUGUUUCUCUUGAGGAAGUCAGAAACGAUUGAAGCCAAGACUUGCUCCCUCAGAAGAACUUAUUCAGCUCAUUCAAAGACUUGCUUAUCUCUGUUGGCUUCCAUUCAGUUCAGGGAAACUUUAAAUAAUCCUAAAUCAGUGCUAUAAAUCUUUUACUUACCUAAAAGAGCACAGCAAAAACGGGUCCUGUGAAUUUUCAAUAAGACCAUCUGGCCUAAGCGAACCAGUGACGCUCAAGAGGUCAUUUUUUCGUAGAUGUUAACUUUGCCAACUGAUGCAGUGAAUUCUGUCUGUGGCGUAUUUUUACGUGCCUACGCGCGUACUCAGGCAAAAAUCACGUGACAGUGGAAAUCCACCCUCAGAGGACACCUCCCUAAAAGGGUCGCAGACAGUUACUCCGGGGUGAUAUGGUUGUGCGCAUGCGUAAGGUAAUGGCCAUACCGCAAAGUUGGUACGUGUGCUCCAGUGCUAAAAUUGGCACAGUUACUUCCUCUGAUUAGUCAGCCAUCUUCUUCGAUUCCAGAAGAAGGACUCCUCUCUAACGCGUACUCUAUAUGCGGAUUCCAAGGGUGUCCUUCUUAGAGAAUGGUAUCACGAAAACCAGCAUUUCAGUGAUAUAAUAUCUUGCUUGUUGUUCUUUAACAGUACUACUCAAUCUCAGCUAAAGAUUCUGGUUUCCUCAACAACAAACGUCGCCGUGGAUCGGAUUCUAUUAGGGUAAGACUUAGCAUUCCUUCUGGUCAGCUUCAUUUAACAUAACCUCUGGACAGGAUCGUUUUCUUAACAGGUCGAUGCGUUUCGGGUCACGUGGACCAAGCGUCCGCCCGUUCGCCUCGAGGCGAAUUGACCGAGAAGGACUGGGAAAACGGCGUACAGGGACUAUACAACAGUUACAAUUUUUCGAAAAGAUGAAUUUUAGGCGCAAAGUGAUACUCUCACACAAGACGCUGAUAUCAUUGUGGCUGUCUCAUGACUGAGGCUUAGCACGGUAAAGCCAGAAACUUGCAAGCCUAACUUCGUAAAUUGUUUUACGGUUUGGUGGGGAGGGGGAAUAUGAGGGAGUAGCUUAUAUCCGGAAGCCCGGAAGCUUAUCGAUGGAGAAUAAAUAUUAAGCUGUUAGCUGACAAGAGGGGCUCACGAUCAUCGGGGAAGGAAUUGCUAAAAUUGGACUUUCGUUUUCGUUUGCAUCUUAAUAAGCAGGAUAAUUAAUUGGGAGCUUAAGCAAUAGGGAUCAAUUUAGGGUUCUGGAAAACUGCCCACCUACCCCUCCCCUAAGCCAUCAUUUUGCCCUAAGUGACAAUUAGGUGUUAAUGUUAGCUUAGGGGAGGGGUAGGUGGGCAGUUUCCCAGAAACCUAAAUUGAGCAACGACGACGACGACGGCAUCUUUACCGGCACCGCGUGACUACGAAGUAAAAGUGCCUAAGUUCACGUUUUGUGUAGGACGAGAACACAAGACAAAAAGUUUCUUUUUAUUUCCUGAACUUUGAUACGGUCUUUUAGAAUUCAACGCCAGAACAAUUUACUAACAUUUGACGAACUGAAGGAGAUGGAACAAGGGCGAAAAAUUUUGAUGCAGCGCGAAUUCACUUUUUAAGCGACGUUCUCGUAGCCGUCGCUGUUGUUGUUGCCUAAGCUCCCUAACUGCGACAAAGGAGGGCAUAUUACAGAAAGCUGAAAACAUGCGGGUGAAGUCACUUAGAGCAAAAAAGAAUGAAGCUUAUAUAUAUGGGUAAUUUAUAAUCAUUUAAUGAUUUAUUCCCGUACAGACUGUUGGAAUUGGGUUUCGAUGAAUUUGUUCGCGUGGGCAGCAUUCGUAAAAUCGCCAAACCAGUGUUACCUUACAGUGUGCACAGUACAGGAAGCGAUAGUCAAGAACUGAAAGAACUUCAAGCUUUACUCAAAACUGAACUGACACCAUCCGAAAGAACGUAAGUACUCACUAGUAGAAGAUUUGAACUCAAUUAGAAAAGUAGACCCAGUCGUCGUUCACUGUGGUCGUAGUCAAAUGUGUUGAAAGGUUGACACUCUUCAACUUUUAUAAUUGUCUCUUCCCACCCCACCCCCUGCAACAAUAGGCUGAUUUAGCGACAGAAAGGGAACGUCAGUUGACGACGGCGCGCGCAAGUCAAACAACUGGCUUGACCAAUGGAUGAGCGGCAAAUUGGGCCCCGGAAGUCGAGUUUAGUCCUUUCCGUGCACUCUCCCGUCGUCAAAUGACGUUCCCAUUCUAGUGCUAAAGCAGGCUAAUUUUUGACUUAACUGUACUCCUCAAUGCGCAUGUCAUCUGUGAUGCUCCAACAUUGAAAAAGGUUUUGGGUAGGGGGGGGGGGGGGGGGGUGGGGCAAAUCAACAAACCGGGUGUACCAAAGGGUGGGCGGCAAAUUGGGCCCCGGAAGUGGUGUUUAUUCCUUCCCUGGCCCCUCCCCCUCUGAAAAAGACCUUCCCAUUUUAGGGGAAAAGAAGGUUAAUUUUUGACUUUACUGUCCCCCUCAAUGGGGAUGUCCUUUGGGAUGCCCCAACAUUGAAAAAGGUUUUGGGGGGGGGGGGGGGGGGGGGGUGAGAAUACUUGAACGAAUAAUAACCUUUCCGUCCACUUUUGUAAAGAUUGUACUUUUUAAAAUUUUUUUCAACUUUGUGUUUUCUUCUAGCUACGUUCGAAAGAGCAUUGAACGACAUAAGUUGGGAGAAAAUAAAAAGGUGAGAACAACAACAAAAAACGCAAUUCAACUGUAUAUCUCUCUUCGAUAACACUGGUAGUCGUUGGUCGCAAUAACCUGACCGUUUUUGAACCCACAAGUAUUGGAAGCGUUUUGGUGAAAGAUGGUCGGUCGCCGACAACUUCCCGACUGGCUCGCCUAGCUCUCGGCUGGCUCUUGUGUUCCAUCACUCAUGUGAUGAUAUUAGUACACCACGUUUAUCAAAUAGCGCUUUCUACUUUGAUGAAGGUGUAAAUUUCUGAUGUUAGUUGUUCCCUUUUGUUGUCUUAACAACCCAUUCUUGACUUGAAAACUUGGAAGUGUCUAGUUGUGCAAAAUCUUGUUGUUUCUCUUUCUUUUUCAGAAAUUAUCUCAGGUUCGAGUGGUGGGUGUCACGUGUGCUGCCUGUGUGUUUCCUUGCCUGGAUAAGUUGAAGUUUCAAGUAUGUUGAGUGGCUAACUAUACUAGAGUCCUUUUGAUUCUGAGACGAGAACGGCUAAUAGUAAAUAGUGCUCACGCGUGAAUCAGCGUCAUUUUGGGGGGAAAAUGUUAAAAUAAUCGUUAUUCUACUAGGAGUGUUAGCUGGAAUGCGGUAGUGGGGAAAACAAGAUAUGAAAUAAUGGAAUUUUUAUCAUUUUGCGAUUUGGAGAAAGUUUAAGUUCCUUCAAUAAAAAUAACCAUGCUAACUUUUGUGCUGAAAAAGUACAAUGUAGCUUUCCGGGGUGUAUAUUAUUUGAGAAUACCGGAAAAACUUUUAUAUUAAGUCUCGUUCUCCUAGUCGUACUCGUUCUUGAAUUUAGACCUUUAGAUUCUAAGACGAGUACGACUAGGAGAACGAGAUUUUCUCAAUACUAGGUAGUGCGCUUGCGUGAACCAGCGUUAUUUUGGCGGGAAAACUUGGUAGCCCUUGUCAUUCUACCACGAGUUUUAACGAGAAUGUCUUGUUAGCGGACACAAGUUACAAUGAAGCUGUCCGGCGUGUCUAUUAUUUGAGAAUACGCGAAAAACUUUAAGUUAAAUCUCGUAUUCGUCCUCUUCCUCGAAUCUAAAGGUCUCUAUUAUCUCAGUUAUGACUGAAUACGAAGCCCUUAGAGCAACGUUUGUUCAAAUGUAAAACCUUGUCAGCCAACCACAUUCUCAUCUCAUCGUUAUAUCAAAGUUUUGUCCAGAAACUGUCUAGAGCUGAUGUAAGAUGUACUCACAUUUUAAAAAGGGUUUUAACUCGUCUAGACAUCGUCUUGUUCUGAAAAGAUUGAAUUUGUUCGAUCCGCUCUGUUAACUUCUUUAACCCUGCGCAUGCUCAGUUUAUCUCCUUCUUUAUUUUUAAUGAUGCGCGUGGAGCACCAUGGGUACGAAAGAGUGACAUGUAUGCGCAAAAUUUUGGUUGUCACGUGGCCGUCCCUGCGUGCCUUCGUCCAAACAUUUUUCACACAGGGCAACCAAUCUGCCAUGGGACGUAGACUUACCCAGACAUGCUAAGUUGUUUAGAGAAUAUUGUUAGGAUUGGACUUGUCAUUAUCUUAUGAUAUUUAUCACAUUUAUCUAACUGAUAGAUUCUACUCCUGGAUGAAUGCAGUCAAAUGACAGAACCAGCCUCUCUUCUACCCAUGGCCAGGUGAUGUUCUCAAACAAAUCUUUGAUCUUUAUCCAUAUCCUAGAUGGACGACAAAGAAAAUGAAAUCUGUCCUUUUGAAGUGGAACCUUACUGAAUGUAUUUAGUCUGCGUGUGGUUCUUGUGGUUUCACGUUUCCAAUAACAUUUUUUUUUUCUUUCCAAUUAGAUUUGAAUGUCAGAAACUUGUCCUGGUUGGUGACCCAAAAGUAAGUAGACAUUAAGGCCGCCAUCCUUCACUCUAUCCAACAUUCCCGCUCGAGGUCCUCCAGUUGGGCUCUUCCGUACUCGAUUCACCCCGUCAAUCACUUACAGGACAAGAUCACCAUGCCGUAGGCUAUGACUAAGCCAGACUCGCUAUCUUGUUUUGAUAACAGAUGCCCUCUACUCACCGAAACCCCUCAAUACUUCUUUGUUACAGACUUUGUCAGACUAAGAAAUGUUUAAGACCUUCCUCCGCAUAUAGCUUCAUUAUAAGCAGGUCAAACUCUCCUGUCCAAAUCUAAGUUGCAUGCAUAUCUCCUCUCGUAGAAGUAUUUCGCAAUGAAGACUAACCUUGAUUUUUCUUAUUUAUCUAUCAAUUCAUUUGUCCUGGCCUCUUUUGAAACCUCAGUUCCCUCAGGCAAUCUCUAGUUUUUGUCUUUCUUUGUUGGUUCAGUCGCGUUCUAAAUGGUAACAUUUCCUGUAAGAGAAGUUGAUAUAGAGAGACGUUGUGAGCGCAAAUAUCUAAAUAGUGUAAAUACAAUAAUUAUCCUGACCUUGUUCUUAUUUAGCAAUUGAGUCCUACGAUUCAAGGUUCGGAGCCUGAACACGAAGCUGGCCUUGAGCAAACUUUGUUUGAUCGACUUAUGAAGAUGGUAAGUUUACCUGGAUGGCGUAGAAAAUAAUAUAUAGGCUUAACACAUCUAUAAAAAUCAACAGUGUCAGUAACGUAAUAAUAUCAAUCAAAAAACAGAGCCUGUGCUUAUCCAUAACGCAACAGUCAAACACGAUAGAGAUCACGCGCUUAUCACGAACUUAACAAUCAAGCAAAAAAUUGAGCACGCUCUUAUCAAACACCAGUUGAGGAGCUGCAAACAUUUUAACCAUUUUACUAAUGAACAGUUACGACUUAUCGGUAUUUCGAGUAAUAAUACCGCCAGCUGUCCCCUUUGAAACACAAAAUAGACCGCGCGCUUAUUACUAACGUAACAACUAAAGGAAGAACAGCAUGCGCUUAAGACUAAAUAAACCAUCAAACACAAAAUAGAGCUUGCGCCUAUCACUAACACAACAAUAAAACACAAAACAGACUGUGUGCUUAUCACUAUCAUAACAAUCAAACACAAACACAGCGUAAUGUAUCACUAACGUAGCAAUGAAUUACAAAUAUAGUAUGCGCUUAUCACUAACGUAACAUACAAAUACAAAACAGAGCGUUCGCUUAUUACUAACGUAGCAAUAAAGUGUAAAUAAAGUGUGCCCUUCUCACUAACCUAACAAUCAAACACAAACACAGCGUACUUCAUCACUAACGUAGCAAUAAAGUACAAAUAUAGUUUGGACUUCUCUCUAACGUAACAGUCAAACACAAACACAGCCUGCUUCAUUGCCAACGUAGCAAUGAAGUAAAAAUAUAACUGUUAUCACUAACAUAGGAAUCAAAUGCAAAACAGAGGGUGCCUUUAUCACUAACGUCACAAUAAAGUACGAAUAUAAUGCGCGCUUCUAACUAGCGUAACGAUAAAACACAAAACAGAGCGUGUGCUUAUCACUAACGUAGCAAUAAGGUACAAAAAUAGCGUGCGCUUAUUACAAACGUUACAAUAAAGCACAAAACACACCGUGCACUUAUCACUAACGUAACAAAGAAGUACAAAUUAAGUGUGCGCUUCUCAAUAACGUUACAAUCAAACACAAAACAGAGCGUGCACUUGUCACUAAGGUAACAAUAUAGUACAUGAAAUACAAAACAGAGCGUGCGCUUAUCACUAACGUCACAAUGUAGUACAAAUAUACUGUGCGCUUCUCAUUCGUGUAACAAUAAAACAAAAAACAGAGCGUACGGUUAUCACUGUUGUAGCAUUGAAAUAAAGUUCAAAUAAAGUGUUCGCUUCUUACUAACGUAAAAAUAAUAAAGCACAGAACAAAGCGUUCGCUUAUCACUAACGUACCAAUAAACUACAACUAUAGUGUGCGCUUAUUAGUAACGUAAAAAUCAAAUGCAAAACAGAGCGUGCGCUUAUCACUAAGGUAGCAUUAAAAUACAAAUAUAGUGUGCGCGUAUCAAUAACGCAACGAUCAAACAAAAACACAGUGUGCUUUAUCACUAACGUAACAAUGAAGUACAGAUAUAGUGUACAGUUUUCACUAACGCUACAAUCAAACACCAACACAGCUUGCUUGAUUGCUAACGUAGUAAUAAAUUACAAAUAAAAUGUUACCUUAUCAGUAAAAUAACAAUCAGAUACGAAACAGAGCGUGUGCUUAUCACUUACGUAGCAAUGAAGUACUAAAAUAGUUUGCGCUUAUCACUAAAGUAACAAUAAAAUAGAAAACAGAGCGUGCGCUUAUCACUAUUGUAACAAUGUAGUACAAAUAUAGUGUGCGCUUAUCAAUAAAGUAAAAAACAAAUACAAAACAGAGCGUGCGCUUAUCACUGAGGUAGCAAUGAAGUGCAAAUAUAGUGUGCACUUCCCAAACACAAAACAAAGUAUGCGCUUAUCACUAAUGUUGCAAUCAAGUGCAAAACACAGCGCGCGCCUAUCACCAAUGUAGAAAUAAAGCUCAAAUAUAAUGUGCGCUUCUCACUGACGUAACUAUAGAACACAAAACAGAGCGUGCGCUUAUCACUAACGAAGCAGUAAAAUACAAAUAUAGUGCGCGUUUGUCACUAACGCAACAAUAAAAUUGAAAACAGAGCAAGCUCUUAUCACUAACUUGUCAAUGUACUACAAAUAUAGUGUGAGCUUAUCACUACCGCUAAAAUCAAUUACAAAACAAAACGUACGCUUAUCACUGACGUAAUGGUAAAGUACAAAUAUAGUGUUCGCUUCCUACUAACGUAACAAUAAAGCACAAAACAGAGCUUGGGCAUAUCACUAACGUAACAAUGUGAUGUACAAAGAGUGUGCGUUCAUCACUAACGUAACAAUCAAAUACAAAACAGAGCGUGCGCUGAUCACUAACGUAACAAGGAAGGACAAAAUAAUAUAGUGUUCGCUUGUCAUUGACGUUACACUCAAACACAAAACAGAGCGUCCGCUUAUCACUAAAGUCGUAAGGAAGUACAAAUAUAUUGUGGGCUUAUCGUUAACGUAAGAAUCAAAUACAAAACAGAGCGUACUCUUAACACUAACCAAACAACGUAGUACAAAUUUAGUGUGCGCUUAUCUCUAACGUAACAAUCAAAUACAAGACAGAGCGCGCGCUUAUCUCGAACGUAGUAAUGUAGUACAAAUAUAGUGUGCCCUUCUUACUAACGCAACAUUAAAACACAAAACAGAUUAUCCACUUAUCACUAACGUAGCAAUAAAGUACAAAUAUAGUGUGCGCUUAUUACUAACUGUAACAAUCACCUGACCAAAACAUAGCGUGCGCUUAUCACUAACGUGCAAAUAAAGUAAAAACAUAGUGUGCACUUAUCAGUAACUUUACAAUCAUAUUCAAAACAGAGCGUGCGCUUAUUACUAACGUAACAGUGUGGUACAAGUAUAUAGUGCGCUUAUCACUAACGUUACAAUCAAACUCAAAACAGAGCGUUUGCUUAUUACUAACGUAGUAAUGAAGUACAAAUAUAGUGUGCACUUAUCGGGAACAUAACAAUCAAGACCAAAACAGAGCGUUCGCUUAUCACUGACGCAGCAAUAAUGUACAAAUAUAGGAUGUCCUUAUCAUUAACGUAACAGUCAAAUACAAAACAGAGCGUCCACUUCUCACUAACGUAACAAUCAAAUACAAAACAGAGCGUGCGCUUAUUACUAAUCUCGCAAUGGAGUACAAGUAUAGUUUGCGCUUAUUACUGACCUAACACUCAAACACAAAAUAAAGUAAGCGCUUAUCACUGACGUAACAAUUAUCACUGACUAACAAUCUAUCAAUCUAUCAAUCAAGUACAAAACAGAGCGCGCUCUUAUCAAUAACGUAGAAAUAAAGUGCAAAUAUAGUGUGCGCUUAUCACUGACAUAACAAUCAAACACAAAACAGAGUGUGCGCUUAUUACUAGUCUCGUAAUGAAGUACAAAUAUAGUAUGCGAUUAUCACUAACGAAGCAAUAAAAUACAAAUAUAGUGCGCGUUCAUCAUUAACGCUAAAAUCAGUUACAAAAACAAAACGUGCGCUUAUCACUGACGUAAUGGUAAAGUACAAAUAUAGUGUUCGCUUCCUACUAACGUAACAAUAAAGCACAAAAUAGAGCGUGGGCAUAUCACUAACGUAACAAUAUGGUGUAAAAAGAGUGUGCGUAUAUCACUAACGUAACAAUCAAAUACAAAACAGAGUGUCCACUUAUCUCUAACGUGGCAAUCAAGAACAAAUAUAGUGUGCUCUUAUUACUAACCGGAACAAUUACCUGACCAAAACAUAGCGUGCGGUUAUCAGUAACGUACAAAUGAAGUACAUAUAUAGCGUGCGCUUCUUACUGACGUAACAAUAAAACACAAAACAGUGCUGGUGCUUAUUACUAACGUUAGAAUGAAGCACGUAUAUAGUGUGCUCUUAUUGCUAACGUAACAAUCGAAUACAAAAUAAGGAAUCUGCUUAUUACUAACGUAAUAAUGAAGUACAAAGAUAGUGUGCGCCCAUCAUUGACGUAUUAUUCAAAUACAAAAAAGAGCGUGCGCUUAUCUCUAAGGUAACAAUGAAGUACUAAUAUAGUGUGAAUUUGUUAUUAACGUAACAAUCAAAUACAAAAUAGAGCGUACGCUUAACACUAACGUAACAAUGUAGUACGAUUAUAGUCUGCGCUUAUCGCUAACAUUACAAUCAGCACAGAACAGAGCGUGCGCUUAUCACUAGUCUAACGUAGUAAUGAAGUACAAAUAUAGUGUGCGCUUAUCACUAACGUAACAAUCAAAUACAAGACAGAGCGCGCGCUUAUCUCGAACGUAGCAAUGUAGUUAAGUACAAUAUAGUGUCCGCUUCUUACUAACGCAACCAUAAAACACAAAACAGAUUGUCCACUUAUCACUAACGUUGCAAUAAAGUACAAAUAUGGUGUACGCUUAUUACUGACCGUAGCAAUCACCUGACCAAAACAUAGCGUGCGCUUAUUACUAACGUAACGAUGUGGUACAAACAUAGUAUGCCCUUAUCACUAACGUUACAAUAAAACACAAAACAGAGCGUUUGCUUACUACUAACGUUGUAAUGAAGUGCAAAUAUAGUGUGCGCUUAUCACUAACGUAACAAUCAAAUACUAAACAGAGCGUUCGCUUAUCACUAACGUAUGCAAUUAGGUACAAAUAUAGUGUGCGCUUAUCACUAACGUGGUGAUGAAGUACAAACAUAGUGUGCGCUUAUCUCUAACAUAACAAUCAAAGCCAAAACAAAGCGUUCGCUUAUCACUGACGUAGCAAUAAUGUACAAAUAUGGUGUGUCCUUAUCAUUAACGUAACAUUCAAAUACAAAACAGAGCGUCCCAACAAUCACUUACAAAACAGAACGUGCGCUUAUCACUGACGUAACCAUGAAGUACAAAUAUAGUGUGCACUUCUUAUUAAGGUAACAAUCAACAGAGCAUGCGCUCAUUAGUAAUGUAGAAAUAAAGUAUAGAUAUAGUUUCCUUUUUACAGUAACAUAACAGUAAAACUCAAAUAAGAGCGUGCGUUUGUCACUAACGUUGCAAUGUAGUACAAAUAUAGUACGCUCUUCUCAAUAACGUUACAAUCAAUCACAAAACAGACCUUACACUUGCCACUAACGUAGCAAAGAAAUACAAAUAUUGUUUCCGCUUAUCACUAAAGUAACAAUCAAAUACAAAACAGAGCUCUCGCUUAUCACUACUGAACAAUGAAGUACAAAACAGCGCGUUUUCUUAUCGCUAACGUAGCAAUAAAGGACAAAUAAAGUGUGCGCUUUUCACCAACGUAACAUUCAAAUACAAAACAGAGCUUGCGCUUAUCAGUAACGUAACAAUGAAGUACAAAAAUAGUGUGCGCUUAUCAUUAACGUAACAAUCGAAUACAAAACAAAGCGUGCGCUUCUCUCUAACGUAGUAAUGAUGCAUGUACAAAUGUAGUGUGCGCAUAUCACUAACGGAACAAAAUACAGAACAGUGCGUGCGCUUAUCACUGACGUAACAAUGUAGUGCAAAUAUAGUGUGCGCUUAUCACUUACUUUAUAAUCAAACACAAAACAGAACGUGCGCUUAUCACUAACGUAGUAAUGAAGUGCGAAUAUGGUGUGCGCUUAUCAUUAACGUAACAAUCAAAUACAAAACAGAGCGUACGUUUAAUACUAACCUAACAACGUGGUACAAAUAUAGUCUGCGCUUAUCACUAAUGUAACAAUCAAACACAAAAUAGAGCGUGCGCUUAUUACUAAUCUCGCAAUGAAGCACAAGUAUAGUUUGCGCUUAUUACUGACCUAACACUCAAACACAAAAUAUAGUGUACGCUUAGGACUAACGCUACAAUCAAACACAAAACAGAGGUGGUGCUUAUUACUACCGUAGCAAUGAGGUACAAAUAUAGUGUUCGCUUAUUACUGAGGUAACACUCAAAAACAAAAUAUAGUGUGCGCGUUUCACUAACGUAACAAUCAAACACAAACAGAGCCUUUGCUCAUCACUCAAUUCACUAUAAAGUACAAAUAGAUUGUGCGCUUCUCACUAACGUAGCAAUGAACCAACAAAAUUGUGCUCCUAUCAUUAACGUAGCAUUAAAUUAAAAAAAUAUAGUAUGUGCUUAUUACUGACGUUACAAUCAAACGCAAAACAGAACGUUCCUUUAUAACUUGAGAAUGAAGCGUAAAACAGAGUGCGUGUUUAUCACCAACGUAACAAAGAAGUACAAAUAUAGUGUGGGCUUAACAAUAACAUAACAAACGGACACAAAGCAGAGCGCACCCUUAUCACUAACGUAAGAAUAAAGCGGAAAACGUAGUUUAGUUGGCGCUUAUCACUACUUUAAGAGUGAAACAUAACAGAUCGCUCGCUAAUCACUUAUGUAACAAUGAAACAAAACAGAACUCACGUUACAACUAAUCUUAACUUAGUGUGUGCGUUAUCAGUAACUUAACAGUCAAACACAAUGCAGCAUGCGCGCUCAUCGCUUACGCUAUAAUACAACAGAGCAGCGAGAUUAACAGUGACGUAACAAUCAAACAUGGGAACGAGACGCGCGCUUGUCAAUAACGUAGGGUCGUGAGUUCCUUUCUCACCUGGCGCGCUGAUUUUUUUCUGACCUUUCUGGGGGUUACAAAUCUUCUUCCUUUAAACACAAAACAAAGUGCGUGCGUCUCACCGACGCAUCAAACAAACCUAACACAGUGCGCGCGCUCACCACUAACACAACUAUUAACCCAACACAGAGUGCGCGCUCACCACUAACACAACUAUUAACCUAACACAGUGCGCGCGCUCAACGCUAACACAACUAUUAACCCAACACAGCGUGCGCGCUAAUCAAUAACGUAAGAAUGAACAUAAAACAGAAUGUGUACCUACCACAAACUUAAUUUUUGACAGAGCUUGAGGAAGCAACGAGUUCCUUAAUUAAGUAGUGUAUCGAAUUGUUGUCUUACAAGUAGCGAAAACGCGUUUAGCCCUUCAUUUUAUUUAUACAAACUAUGACUUUUUAUCAUUUGCUAUUUUCAGGGAUAUGAACCAACACUGUUAAGAACACAGGUAUUUUGCUCCAAAUAACCUUCUCAGCUGUCCUUCAGUUUCUUGUUGUCUGAGUUAGACUGUUACUCCAUGAUGUAUCUGCUAAGCAUUUUCACGCUGAGCGGAAAAACAAGAAAAGAAGUUAAACUUCUUACGCAAAGUUUGGCGUUUCUUUCACAGUCGCUAUAAUUCAGUGGUAUACGAUUGUCAAUCUGAAUUCAAUUGGGGGGUCGUCAAAUACGUGAAUUAAAUUUGAUUUUACGCAUCCUGAAGAAUCGAAUGUUUAUCGAAUGUUCCUACUUAAAACUACAUCAAGGAGGCAUUGAGUUACUUGGGAUAUUAGCAACUCCUCAAUAAAUUGCUACACUCCUUGUUAGCAAUAAUAACUAUAGUUUGCUUAUUUUUCAGUACCGUUGCCAUCCCGCAAUAAGUGCCAUAUCCAACAGGUUGGUAGUCUCUCCGCUAAAAUGUUUACUUAUUUACUAAUCACGCAAUUCUGUGUGAAGGCGUACAGGCUUUCUAUUCUGAUAGUUCUUAUCUCUUUCUUUGAUAUUUUGUUAACUCCCCCUAUAAUUUCCUGACUAACAAACUUUUGGACAAGACGUUUUCCGAGCACUCAACCAUCCGCACAUUUAUGAAGAAGAAUAUUUUCGCUCCGAACUUUCUUGAAAGACCUUCCGGAACAUUAGGUGGCAACAAUCCUCGAAAAAUUUUUACGUCUAUCGUAAAAGAUGCCCGCCCAAAAGGUGAUUGAAAGUCUUAUGUGUUAACUUGAUAACAAGCCUUAUCAGCAUUACGUUUUAAUACAUUUUUUCUAUUGGUAAAUAUGAAAACGAGAUUUGAUUUCUUUUAACAGGCUGUUUUAUGACAACAAACUUCUCGAUGGUGUAUCUGCUGAGGAUCGUUCUCCAAUAGUGGUUAGUGAAUUUGAUCAUUUCACAAAUAUUCUUAAAAGGGUUUAUAUUGUUGUGUUUACAACAAAGUUUUGUAGAGUAAAAGCAAAGUGGAAGAAACCUGCUAUGCACAGCCCUGGAGGUUUUCCAAAUCAAGCUUUCCAGUGGAUAGAUUCAUCCAUUUUUACGUCCUUUAUUGCCUUACGAUAGCUCGAACACGGCUGAUUAAUAUGACCAUUUUUUCGACCUUGACUGCCUUUACUAUCGUUCUAAAUAUUUUGUUCUGUAGAACCUUGUUCCCACUCUUUGCUUCUUCAAUGUGGCUAAAGGAAGGGAGAAAUGCGGCAAUGAUGGCAGCUACUACAAUGAGGAGGAGGUAAAAGAAAAUUGCCCACCCCCCCCCCUCCUAACCUGAUACGCUUAAUACGAGCAGCUGUUCUUGAGUAUGAAUGUAUUCUUAUAUUAUUAUUUACCAGUAACGCCUACCCUUCGAAGCCGAAGAUUGAUGGCGUUGGGUCAGCUAAAUAUUACGAAAAAAAGAAAAAUGCAAAGUACAUUUCUAGUUUACAGGACUGUGAUUGAAUGAGGAAACGGACUGUAUAAAUUUAGUUAAAUUAGUGUUGUCAAAGAGAGACUGAGGCAGACAUUUCCACUGAGUGAUUGUUCUAGGGUAGAAUGAGAGAAAGAGGGAAUGUCAAGUUUUCAUAUCAUUUUUGCCUCUGAUUUUUUUUGUUACUAUUGUGUUUGUAGGCGAAAUUUGUUGUGUUUCUCAUCGAAAGCUUGCUGAAGUCUGGGAUGCAACCAUCACAAAUAGGUAUGUACUGUGUCCAGCUCUGUGGGCGUGGUGUUAGUGUCAGUUUGGACGCCGUAUCAAGAAUUCAGGGUUCAAGCCCUGUCUGAGUGACUGUGUUGUGUUCUUGGCUAAUACACCUUACUCUCUCAUUGCCUUACUCUUGCACUCAGGUGUAUAAAUGGGUACCAGCGAAUUUAAUACUGGGGGGGUUUUUCGAUGGACAGGGGUACCGUCCGGGGGGGAAAGAAAUAUUCCUUUACGCUUCAUGCUACAGAAGAUCCAGCCUGAUGAGGCACUUGGCUCUAAUUCAAACUUACCUUGCCUACCUAGUGUUGAAGAAGCCUUGAAGAUACAUACAGUUUCAGAAUUUAACUUCUAACUUCUCAUCAACCCAAACACAAACUAGACACUGGGCAGAUUUUAAAUUCUGUUAUUAUGCCCUCUGAUAAAAAUUCAAUAGAGCAGUACUAAAGCUUGUCGUUAAUGCUUUCGUGUCACCUUUCGUUUUUUAAUUGCACUACUUUGUGGUUUUCUUUAGGAGUGAUUACGCUGUACAAGAGUCAGCUUCGCACAGUAGCCAGCCAAUUAACAGCAUCUGGGUAAGAACGUUUAAAUGCAGAGUUGCGAUUCAUUAAUAACAUUGCGCUCAUCAUCUGACACAUCAUCUCACUUGAGAAAAAUUGUAAUGUUUAAAAGGAACUAAGAAUAUUCAAUCAUAAUACUUAAAUAAGGACAAUGUUAUAAGAAUGGGAUCAAAAAUCGCAUUAUAUUGAUCAAUAUGCAGUUGAAUGCGAACAAUGGGGGAAACGGUCCCUUGAAUACUAACUGUAUCCGCUGUGCGGAGUGCUGUCUACAGUCUAUCCCAACAAAUCUAACAAAUCUUAACUUUUAUUUGCCGUACAUUGUUUCUGCAGGACUACUUCUCAUGCGGAGCUCAAAGCAAUUCAGGUGAAUACCGCAAACGUUUCUACAUUAAGAAAGGGUUGUUGCUGACAAAUGGGCCUUCCGGUCUUUGCUAUUGGUCACCUUUAUUGUCAUUUAUUGAGUACUCGACAAGUAUUAAGCCCUAGUUGAUCAGUGGGUGGGUUCACACUAGGACUUGGACUUCAAGGUAGUUACCCACCGGAUAGGUGUUUUGACUACAAGUACUCGACAAGUAUUAAGUCCUAGUCGAUCAGUGGGUGGGUUCAUACUAGGACUUAGACUUAAAGGUAGUUACCCACCAGAUAGGUGUUUUGACUACAAGUACUCGAAAAAUAUUAAGUCUUAAUCGAUCAGUGGGUGGGUUCCUACUAGGACUUAGACUUCAAGGUAAUUACCCACCGGAAAGGUGUUUUGACUACAAGUACUCGACAAGUAUUAAGUCCUAGUCGAUCAGUGGGUGGGUUCACACUAGGACUUGGACUUCAAGGUAGUUACCCACCGGAUAGGUGUUUUGACUACAAGUAGUCGACAAGUAUUAAGUCUUAGUCGAUCAGUGGGUGGGUUCACACUAGGACUUGGACUUCAAGGUAGUUACCCACCAGAUAGGUGUUUUGACUACAAGUACUCGACAAGUAUUAAGUCUUAGUCGAUCAGUGGGUGGGUUCACACUAGGACGUAGACUUCAAGGUGGUUACCCACCGGAUAGGUGUUUUGACUACAAGUACUCGACAAGUAUUAAGUCCUAGUCGAUCAGUGGGUGGGUUCAUACUAGGACUUAGACUUAAAGGUAGUUACCCACCGGAUAGGUGUUUUGACUAGUGAUUUUUACCAGGGAUUUUCUGUGAUCGUUUUGACUGCCAAGCUCCUCACAGUGGCAUUUCUUCACAACUGAAACUGGUAGUCAGCGACAAAUAGUCCAAAAAUAAACAAAACAACAACAAUUUUCCAUAGUUUGUACUCCUAUCGACCAUGCAAAUGACGUCAAAAUGUUCAAAACUCCAAGUGAAACCACAAGCGUCAAGGGAAUGGUGUCACUGCAAUAAUUGAUCGAUAGGAUAUAUAGUUUUUGGCGUCCAUUUCCGUUGAGAUUUCUCGGAAAACCUCGCGUACAAGAAGACAAAAACAAACUGUGCGAUCAUGACGUCAUUUCCGUAAUCUACUAUUAUCGACCAUAUCUCUCGACCAAUCAGUGCGCGAGAAAUCACACUGUUAUUGUAAAAUUAUUUUUUGCUCUCUUCUUUUGAACCAGAUAUCAACUGUUGAUGCUUUUCAAGGCGGAGAGAAGGAUGUUAUUAUAUUGUCCUGUGUUCGUACAGAUCACAUUGGAUUCAUUGACUGUGACAAGUACGUUUGGUUGCUAAACCCAGUAUUGUAUAUCUUGUGUUAGGUAGUCAACCCUACCUAAGGCCGAAUUCGUUGUGGCUUACACUAAGUCUACUUGCUCAAAAAGUGUUUGCCGUAUAGAAAGCCAAACACGAGAAGAACGGAAGAGUGUCGAUGACGUUCAGAUUAUGACUUGCGAGGGGAAUGGGGCAAGCGUGGGGUCCCUGUUCAAUUAGGAUUAGAAAUGUGUUCAAUUUUGCUAAAUGUAAGAAAUUCUUUCCUUUUUUUAUCUUAGACGCAGCAAUGUUGCCCUAACAAGAGCGAAGAGGUUUGUACCAGCUUUUUCGGUGAUCUUUACUUUGGUUUAUCCUUGUCUUUUUUGACGGUCCUUCGCGUUUGUCUUUGUCUUGUUUUCCUUAAGGGAUAGAUACUGCUCGUAAGCUGGUUUUUGUUUCUUCCCAGGCAUUUGCUUAUUGUUGGCAACCUUAAAAUGCUGUCUUGUAACGCUGUAUGGGGCAAAGUCAUCGAACACUGUGGAAGUAAGUUGCUUAUUCCCCCCCUUUUUUUUCAUGAUAUAAUCAGGCAAAAUCUUCUCAGUUCCCAUUAUAGCCUUCGAUUCAUGCCAAUAAAGUACGGAAAAAAUAGAUCACUAUAGCAGGCUUGAAAUAAGAUCUUGUUCCAACCAGAUCCCACCCCUCCCUCCUUUGUAAGUCAAAUGGUCGGCCACUAACGUGUGUUCUGGGUCAUGGCAUAUGACAUCUUCCUACUUUCAUAGACUCAUCUUUUGUUCAAAAAAAGCUUUUAGUCAGUUAGAGCAGCAUAGGACUUUCAGCAAUGGCGAAGAUUGUUCAACCGGUUGAAAUACCUUGGAAGCGAUUACCAAGGAGACGCGUGGUAAGGGAUCCAUUCUCAUUCUAUGGACCUUAGUGAAAUCAGCGACUGAUAUCACGAGGAAGUUAAAUCUGAAAAUAGAAUAAAAGUCUGACGUGCGUGCGGUGCCACUGCAGGGUAUUGGGGCUCCUGCCAUUGUCGAUUUUUGUACUGUUUGCGCCAGAGACUGGGUCAGUGUUGUGUUGUGUUGCAUUGCAUUGUGGGACUGUUAUUGGGGACGAAUUCUACCCUAGUUUCUGCGCAAUGUCAUAAAAAAGAGAAAGCAUCUCCAACAAUGUACCACAGCGAAAUACGACACAACACCGACCCAGGAUAAAGAGGAACCUCAACAUGCCGAUAUGCAACGAAAAGAUUUUAACGUCACUGUUUUAAUUUCAAUAGAUUUUUCAAACGGACUUUGCAACUCAGACGAGUUUAUAGAGAAGUGUCAAGAAAAGGAGUUGAAUGCUUUGGACGAAGGUUGGUCAAAAUUUGUAUAUUGCCUCGACAGUUUUAAUUAUCAUUAGGUGCUUUUGGUUGUCCAACUCUAUUAUUACACCGUAUUGGCCAUUUUGCAGUUGCCUGUUGGUCUGGGUCGGGUAACAUAAGUGUCGUGUGGAAUAGGCCACUUCCGUCUUCCAAAACCCCUCACUUUUAAAAUGAGGCCAACUGCAAAACCUUUCUUGUGAAAACGAGUUUUGUUUGCAUGAGAAUUUAUUUUAUUUUAUUUUAUUUAUUCCUCCAAUUCCUAGCUGAUACAUAGUUAUGCAAAUAUAACGUGAAAAAAGUAAUAUAGUAACAGAUAAAGAUUUACAAAGGAAAAAACGCGUAAAACAGAAAUUACAACACUUAAAUUGAAUUACAUUGUAUAUUGGAAGGAGAGGAGAGAGGGGCACAUCUAGAUAAACUAAUAUUGUGCCCCUUAAAGUUAUGUAUAACAAAGAACUUGAGAUUGUUAAUAAUAAAAAAUAAAAAAUCCUUUCCAUAUAAAAGGGUGAACACUUAACCUCGUUUUGAUACAGAGACCUGGGAAAACUCGGAAAUGGCCUAUUGCAUCACGUGACUGUUUUGGGGACUCUAACGCUUAUUUUAUUGGCCAUCACAAAGAGUUGCUUAAGGACUGAGUCAAAAAGCGACCUCAAAACCGUCCCAUAAUGCAAUUUGGCACAAUUCCGUUCCAGUCUCACGCGGAUCUCAAAACGGCCAAUUUGUUCGACUUAGAGUCCUCCCUUAAUAAGCGCAUUGUGAAAGCUAAAGGUAUCAUCAACCCUUGCUAAGGAAAAGAAUCCAGAGGCAAAAAGGCUGGGUGGAGAACUAUUUAUUUCGUAACAAAAUAGACGAACAAAAAAACCCUGAUUUAAUUUUCUCUGUCUUGCUGCAGAUUUAGAAGAUUCAAAAGGGCAUGCGGACCAACUGAGUAAUGUUGGAAGGCAAAACGCUGUAAAAGUAACAUCAGAUUCGUCUUCUUUAUCACAACCUUUCAGCGCGUGCGCGGGCGCUCUUCGGAAAGGAUUUGAAACAGAAACACAGCCUUGUGAAGAAAACACCUCAUCUGUAGAUAUUAUCGAUACUAACGGGGGUGGGGAUGAGGACAGUGAUUUUGAUCUCCCGACAUUCGACUUAAUAUCCUCUUUAGGAAUUUAA